UAACACCGCACGCAUUGUCCUACCUUAAAAUGAAUAAAGCAUGUUCCACAGUACGAAUCUAGUUAUAUAUAUUCAUCAUAUUAUUUUUAGGCAAAAAGUGUCUUGUUUUAUUACCAUCUGCAUUGCUACGUCAAUAGUCACCAAGAAACUUGAUAAAAUUUACAUAUAUCGCGGUACAAGGCACAAAAACCUGACCGUACUUUGUUUAUAAACGUUGACGGAGAUGGGUUCAAAGGAGUAUCGUCUGCUGGCCUAGCACGCAGCGCAGUAGGCCUACGUGCUGCCACUGAAACACUGAUGGGUGCACUUUAUUUUGACAGGAGAGACCUCGUUUAUUUGUAGUUCAGAAAUCAAAUGAAUGUACACGGUGGAGACGUUUGAACGCCAUGAGCAUGUACACGAAAGAGUAUCGGUCGUCAGGGUAUGACUCUUCCUUUGGAAGUGAGCAUGUGUCAUCUCAAAUGCAGAAAUCUCAACCUUCAAGUUUCUCCCAAAUGUCUACACAGGGCAUGUUCUCACACUCUCAGAACAUUUCAAUACCAGUUGAUGAGCAAACGCCACACUCUAAAUUUAGUAUGUAUGAGAAGUGGCUUAACAAAAAAUCAAAUUUCAAAGUGGAUUCAGUCUCUAGUCCAGCUUGUGAGGAAGGCAAACUGCAGUCCAGUCAAGAUGCAUCCAAAAACAUACCCAGUAAUGAAGUGACGUCAAGGACAAGUGUAAAUGCACAUUACUUAGGUAACCCAAGAGAUGGCAACCACACCUUGGCUGGAAGCUCCUUUUUUUCGUCUAGAAAUGCUAUGAGCAGAGCAAAUGUGGAAGAGAAAAAUGAGAAACAUCUCUUGGAGCAGGUUGUCCAGUCUGUACGAGAAUCCAGUACUGAGAUCAAAUCGGGCUUGUUAGCAAUACAGGACAGAUUGCAAGUGAUGAGUUCUGCCCCUGAUACACAACUGUCACAGACUGUCACUCAGUUUCUGGAAGACAUAUGGAAGCACGAAGAAAAAGUCUUGAAUAUGCUAGAGGAACACAAUUCAAAGAAAAGCUCAACAGAGGAACUGGAACAUAAACUGCUUGUGAAAGAUGCAGAGGUAAAAACUCUGACUGCUCAGCUUGAGCAGGCAAAGAAAGAUGACACCGAACGGCUUGCAAUAGCUAUGAAGCAGAGACUGUGUUCUCCUCAGCUGGAGAUUAAACAGCAGCUAGAGGAAAUUCUCUCAUGUACUCGAGAUGUGAAAGAACAUCAAGCUAAAAAGUUUACAGACUGCAAGAAUACUUUUCAAGAGCAGAGCAAGCAGUGCCUUUCAUUGUGUAAAUCAGGACAAAAAAAUGUCAAAGACAUUGAAAAGUAUGUCAAGUCAGAGUUUAACCAAUUUCGCUUAGAUUUAAAUGAAUCAAAUGCCGAAAUAAGGACUGCUGUCUUCGAGGAAUUAUGUUCAUAUAUUAAGAACCUUCUUGAUGGCUUGCAGAAAAGCAUGCUUCUCAAGACAGAAGCAAUAUUGAGCAGUUCAAAUGAGAAAAUGGGAUCUACUCUCAUAGAAAAACUUAAGGAUGCUCAACAUAGUCUUAUCAAGGACACAUUUGAAACAGUGGCUGUGAGGCUUGAGAAACUGUUAACUCAUCAUUCAGAGAUGAGACAUCAACAGUUAACUGCUAUCAAGGGAACCCUAGCUGAGGGUUUGUCAGAACUAAGACAAUCUUCAAAACUGUGGGCAUCUCACUCCAUGUUGGGAGAGAAAAAAAGGAAGGAAUCAGGCCAUCAUAGUGUCAGUGCAAACACUCAACAACUGGAAAGUGAAGAGCACCUUACUCAACAUAAUUCUUUUCAUGAAAGGAGGCAGGGCAAUGUUCUUGAACCAAACUUCCGAGUUCCACCUUCCACACUCUCUGAUCGACAUAAUAAUUUUUCAAGCAAAAGUCUUUCAACCCCCUCAUUCUGCAAAAAUUUUCCCGUACCUGUUACUGGAAGGUACCUGCUUAGGUCGGGCAAUUCAGAUGAGAAGCAGAUUGGUAGAGAUGUACUGACAAAUACAUCUGCCUCUGGAAGUAAUGAAUUUUGCAAAACUCUGAACUUUUCUGAUAAUGCACAAAGUCAACACCCCAGCAAAGUUUAUUCAGGACAUUUGAAUGAAGACAGAAUUUCUUUUCUGCCAAAUGACAGUCGUAUCAUGCAAAACAAACCUACUAUUGACAGUGUAAUGCAGACUGGAACUGUAUCAUAUAUUUCUCCCUUUGGAAGGUUUAGCAGUCAUAAUGUCGGGGAUUCAAGGCCUUCACCCAUUGCAGCUGUGUUACCCCUAAGGCAAGUAAAUGCUACCCAUCUCCAAUCAUGUGAACAGAGAUUUGAAACUGGAAAUGCUAAGUCUGCAACACCUUCAACCUCAUAUAGGAAUAACAAAGGCAAGAAAAGGAAAAGAAGCUAUCCUCAUGAGAAAAAAAGUGAAGAUCCAACUCAUAAAAUGAACACAAUACCAGCAAAAUCUUUGUUUUCUCCACAAGAUAUUAUAAUGGACUCAAAUGGGAGGAAAGAUAUUUCCCAGAGAGUAGCUUUACCUACAUAUUUGCAAAAUAAAACAGAAACAUGUCUCCAAGGACGUGUAUUAGGAAAAAAGAACAAGAGUCAAAUCAAAUGUUACAAUGGACACAUAAAUGACGUCUCUCAACAAGUCACCCUGGCCUCCUUCCUAAAUGAAAGGAAUAGUGAAAACAGAAACUGUGAGGCCUUCAGUGAGAAAUCCUCUCCCAACCUGUCUUUUGAAGAAAUUAUCAUCCAUAGAAAAGUGGGCCGCCCAGCAAGGAAAUUUUCUAUGACACAAAGUCCAGGGUUCCCACUAAAGAGAGGCAACACUCACAAGUACAGCCCAGCACCUACUUUGCUGUCACUUCUUAGUAAAGAAAAUGGAUAAAUUUUAAAGAGGAAUUUUUUAAAAACUUUUGCUUUGCACCAAUACCAUUGUCAAAAUUGAUUACACACAGGCAGUAUUGCAUACAGACGUAAGUCAUUUUUGGCGGCCUUUGAGAUACGUCUGUAUGCAAUACUGCCCGCGAACACUGAGUUUUAUUUACCAAGUUGUUUGAGCACUGUAUUUGAACAGAGUCAAUCUCAUUGAUUUCAAAAAGUUUAUCAUCAGUAAGUCUACUUCCUCCAAUACUAACUAACUGAAUGACCAAGCUAAACUUGGAUCUUACACCACUGUUCCCUGUACAGCAGAACAUGGCGAGUCGGCUCUGUACUGUGGUGUGUACCCGCGUGCGGGGUCACAUGCUUUCCGAAUCUCGCGGAGGGAUUGAUGCAAAAUAAUUCCAAGUUAAUUAC